GUGGGAGAAAAUUGCGUGAUCGAUAGAAAAUCAUUUUGUGUGGGAUAAUGUAAUUUUAUUUUGUUGAAGAAAACAAUUUUGCAAAACCAAAGAAUAAUUUCAACGUAUGGGAACUUUGUCUGCAAUUUGUGCGGAAAGAUGUGUAAGAAACUUUGCAGAUUGACAGAUGAAAUUGCCUCGACACCGAUACAAAUAGUGAGCUUCGCAUUGGAAACUUGGCAAUCUCCUGUUUACGUUAGCAGCACGAUAGUGAUUCUUAUCAAUCGACCUUAAAUUUUCAUCAUUUUGGAUUUGUACCAUGAUACUAUUAAUGUGUUAAUAUUUGGAAAAUUUGUUUGGAAAUUCUUAUGUAUGUAUUUGUGACUGAUAAAAUGUGAUUAAUAUUUGGAAAUUUUACUAAGAUUAUAUUAGCGAGAGACUCGAGUGAAUUUUUAUCGACAAAUUCUCAAACGAAACAUUGUUUAUUAAUUUUCAUUUUGCAUAACAUAUGAAUGUGUGUGAAUGAGAAGAGAGUUUUAUUCCGGACGGAAAGCACAUCCAGUGAAAGUUUGCAAAGAAAGUCCUUCAAACUUCAUUAAGCGCGCUCAUUUAGUUAAUAACGUCUCAGACUUAAUCGUUUAAGUCUGAAUUUACUUUUCCGCGAGUCAAUGCCAGAUUCAUUUGCUCCAAUCAGACUUAAACUUAUCAAUACUAAUUAAAACUCCUCGACCAAUCGAUCUGCGAGUUUCACGACGCUCAUCGCCAAGGAUUACGUCGAUUACAUAAAUUUGUUUUUCUCGAAAACUCGAUGAGAUAAUCACGAGCGGCAAUCAUGUCGCAAGCAGCCGAACCAGCGCCGGUGCAUUGCUACACCAAUCCGUCGUUCUGCCGUCAAUCGGAGUACAUCCCGGACGAUCAUCAUGUCAACGACCUACCGCCACCGCCGCCGUUGCAGUUUCAAGGAGGCGAUGAUUUACCGCCGCCUCCGCCGCCGUUGCAAUUGCAAUUGCACGCCGCGGGUCAGAGCAAUCCGGCUUUCCAGCAGUCACCAGCGGAGACGACGUUGGACAAUGUUGGCGGAUCGCGGGACCGCUAUUGUUAUCUGGAGGAAAACGUAGCCCCCUCCGCGCACAGGAGAUACGCUAGUCUUCCGGUGGACGAGCCUCGCGUGACUUAUAUCCAGUCCUCGCGUUACGAAUACACGCAGGAGCAGAACGAGAGAGACCGGUUGCCACGCCGGGCCUCGUCGAGAUACGAGUUCAUUCCGCAACAGCAGGUGCAACAGCGUUCCGCACCGGCGGCCAACCAAGACGAUCGAGGAGGGACGCAGACGCGGACGUGCCGCGGCAAUGCCGGCAGAUACGCGGUUAUACCGGGUGACCAGGACUACCAGGAUUAUCAAGACGGACCGCAAUGGAGCAACGCGAAAUCGACACCGCGGCAUAUCAAUACUCCGCAGGGCCGUUACACCAGAGUGCCAAUGCAAGAAGAGAUUCCGCCGGCACUUCCCGAGAGAAACGCUCAAGAACUCUCGCCAAAAAACAAUUUAGCUACGCAAAAAUUGCAUGAAAUAUUAUCGACGCCCAGGAAACCGAGAUCAAGAUCCGAAGAAAGGACACUGUCGCCGAAAAGACAACAAUCCUUUAAUCAAACCAGCACGCCGCAAAGAAGAGCGCUCACGCCUGGUGAAUCUCCAAAUGGUCGCACCUUUAGUCCAACUCGCACAACUCCUCAAGGUACGCCUCAGAGCCGAAUCUUUUCGCUCACAGGACCUCAGACGUCGACACCCAACAAGGAAUCGUCAGCUCGUAGAUGCCUUCCUCUAUUGGAAAACUCGUCGCGGCAGCAGGAUGUUUGUCCAGCCAAUAAUUGCGGCCGGCUUCGUUACGUGGGUACCGCACCGGUCGAUUUAAUAAACCUCAGUCAUAACGAGCCGCCGCCUCGCUACAUCUACGCAGAAAGCGGCCUCGAGUCCAUGCCGAUGAUGUCCGGAUCGCCCAAGUAUCACGUGAUACCCGCCGAUCAAAAGAAUUAUCAAAGCGUUGAGAGCGCGUUUAUAGCGCGCACCGCCGUCGUACCACCCUUAUCACCGCCAAAUAGUGACGCAAACACGACUUUGGCGAGCGGCAUGGAAAAAAGCGAGAGAAAGAGCGCGCCGAUCCUGUUGAUACUGGUCGGUCUUUUGACGUGCGGUCUCGCUCUUUAUCUAUCCUGGUCGCAAGGACGAAGAUAUUACUUCGAUAGCGCAGUCGGCUGCGGUGCUUGUUGCGCUUUAGCGGGUGCAUGUAGGAGUCUACGAAAAACUUGGACAGGACUCGGUCUGGCUGGAUUGGCGGCACUGAGCUGCGCCGGUCUUCUGCUACUAGCCGCUAAAUCUCCGAAGGAUGGCACACCGCUCCACGACAUCACAGCUGGAGCCUUGUGCGGAGUGUCAGUUUUAGGCGCUGGUCUCGCCUUGUUGGCUCUCUUGAAGCCGAGAUGCAGUUUCGGACGUCACAGAAGAGUGCACUCUUGGAUACCACGAUUUUCCCCUUAGCUUAUAUUGCUCGCGAUCGUGACAACAGUCAUGUGUCUCUUAAAAUUAUUGUACUUUUGAUAGAAGAAUAUGUAAAACAUAUAAGAUAGUUAAAAAAUAUAUCCAUAAAAUAUUGAUAAGAAAAAUUGGGGGAAUAAUCUUUUAUCUCAUAAAUACUAAGACAAAUAAAAUUGAUUUUUGUACAAAAAAUUAUGGUUCUAGCAAAACAUGCUCAUUAAGAGAACAUUCAAAAAAAUUACUGUAAAUGUAAAGAUAUAUGUACAGAUUGUUCCAAAAAUCCAGCAAUGGUUAAUUAUCUCAAAAAUAAAGUAUUAAAAAAAAAAUGUUUCAAAUAAAAGUUGCAAAGUUUUAAGUAGCGCAUUAAAUAGCGAUGUUAGUGUGAUUUUAAAUAGCAUUGUUAAAAUCAUGUAAAAAUCAGUUCUAAAUUUUUAAAUAAAAACCCCAUUUUUGUUUGCACAUUCUUAUAACUUACCUUAAGAGCUUUAAACACUAUAAUAAAGUUCCAUUCUACUAAGUAUUUUCCAGGUUACGAAACUUGAAAGGUACAGCACCAAAAGCAUUAGCCGAAAAUAAUUUUUACGUGACUUUAAUAAUGCUAUUUAAAGUCAUACUAACAUUACUGUUUAAUGUGCCAGUUAAAAUCGUAUAUUAUUUAAAACAUGUUUCUCAAAAAUGCUUUAUUUUUGAGAUAUUCAACUGUUGCGAGACUUUUGCGAUACCUUGUAUAUAUAGCUAAUGUUCUUAAAUAUUUUUAUCAAACAUAAAUUAUUUCUUCUUUUUCUUCCCUGAACUAUUAAACAUUAAAUCUUUUUAAUUGAUCGAAUAUAUGUAAUAAAAUCUGAGCUUAUUCAAAAUGUAUAAAAAGUAAACUUUAUCAUCAUUUAUAUAAAAGAAAUAUUAUCGUUUUCACAUGGCCUUUGUUUAGAGAUUUACA